AUGAGUAGUGAACUCAUGUUCAACUAUACUUUUAGCUGGCCUGCUGGUCCAAAAGAUGUUAUUUUAACAGGAACGUUUGAUGACUGGAGGGGCACUUUACCCCUCGUGAAGACCGCCAAGGGAAAUUUCGAAAUUACUAUGCCCGUGAAGCUAGCCAACAAGGAUGAUACGUUUCAGUUUAAGUUUAUUGUGGAUGGCGUUUGGUGCGUUAGUGAUUCGUAUAAAAAGGAGCAUGUUAGUGAAGGAAUCGAAAACAAUUUCUUACAAAUUACCGAUUUAGUUGAAACGCAGGAAGUUGCCGGUGCCAGUAGAAUCCCGGAGGCAGGUGGCCUAUUAUGUGGUAAACCGCCUCGUUCAGCAGGUCCUCCUUCUACAAGUAAUAGAAAGAAAAACAAGCGUAACAAUAAGAAAAGAAGAUCUAAAUUGAAGAAAAAGAGUACUAAGAACAACAAGAAGUCAAAUGAAAGUUUAGACGAUAAUGAAGAAGAAGACGGGGUGACUGGAACUACUACUGAAGAUGUUACUGGAACCUCUAGGGAAGAAACUCCAUUGGCGGAGCCUACUAAUGUUUCCAAAGAAGCUCCGGGCAAUUUCCAUAUUCUGCCAAUCGAUCAAAGUGCAGACACAACUCAAUCAAAUGGUAUAAUUGGUGGACCAGGUCCUGUUCUUGUCCCAAACCCUGGUGAAAUCAAGGAAUUUACCGAAAUUAGAGACGUUGAUGCUAGGGAAUUGAAUGAAAGACUUAACAAAAAAGAAGAGGUUCCAGAACCCGUUGCUGGCCCUAUUGUUGAAUCAUCAGUUACGGAAAAGAGUCCUGCUCUUCCACAAGCUGACGACCCGAUUGUUGAGACCAAGGAAGUGGCUCAUAAUGUGCAGGAACUUACUCCUCAAGUGGAAGCGGUUACUCCGUUAAUAAAUGAGCCCGAACCAUUACCAACUCCGGAAGCACAAAUAUCUAUACCUGAGUCAUCGAAAGUUGAACCAGUGGAGGGGUCUCUUCAAUCUAAGUUGGUGGAGAAACGUGAGUCCACUGAAGGUGUAUUAGACGGUUCCAAAAAAGUAGAAAAUAAGGCAAAAAAAGAUGAAGAGGUCUUUACAUUAGACCCCAUCGUUAACAAAGCUCCCAAGCUACCCUUGACUGACGAGCAAACAGCUGAAGGUAGAAAAUCACCAGCAGUGUCAGAAGAAAAAGAAAAGAAAAAGAAGCAAGAAAAAGGCUCUAAAGAGGUCAAGAGGUCAGAAACCAGUAAAGAAAAAAAGCCUUCUGCCAAAGAGGUUAAGAAACAAACUGUAAAAGCCCCAAAGAAACAGACAGCUUCUCCUUUGUCUUCUUCGACAGAAGAGCCCAAGAAGAAGAAAACUGGUUUCUUCGGCAAAUUGAAGAAGCUAUUUAAGUGA